UUCAAGGCCCGCUCGGGUCCGGAAAACAACAAGUAACCGGAUUUGUUUGGUCCUGGCGCUAACAACCCAGCGCGAAAACAAGAGGACCCUGAAGCCCUCAAUCAUGCAAAAGGGUUCCGCUACUCGAGAGAGGCGGUCCUGGACAGAAGAAGAGGACCGUCUCCUUCGCGAGGCCGUUAAGAAAGAGGACCCCGACAGCGCGAGCCCAUCCAAGUGGUACGCGAUCGCCAAACAUGUCCCGGACCGAACAAACAAAGACUGCCGCAAACGCUGGUUCGCCAAAAUGGCCUCGGACGUCGUCAAGGGUGGAUGGUCUCCGGAAGAGGACGCGAGACUCGUCAAAGCGAUCGAGCAGUGCGGCACGAGGUGGUCGAUGGUGGCCGCGAUGGUGCAGAGCAGGAAUAGCGACCAGUGUGCAAAGCGCUGGACAGAUACCUUGAAUCCCGCGAUCGACAGGACUACUUGGACACCGGAAGGGGAUGCUCUCCUCCUAAAGGCCGUCAGUGAGCACGGCAAAGUCUGGACAAAAAUCGUCAAAACGUAUUUCCCAGGGAGAACAGGUCUCUCGGCCAAGAAUAGAUACAACAGCAUAACGCGGGGUAACAUUGAUUCGCGACGUAGCCAAGGUCACUCCGUGUCGGCGUCGGGUCCUGUACCAUACGCCCAGAACCUCCAGCCUACGACGUCAUCGUCGGGACCGGUAGUCGUGCACAUGUCCCUUCCCCCGGCCCCGAUACCGCAGCUCCCUCCCUCCAUGUACAACAGCCCCUCCCAAGGAAUGCGCUUGCCUUUCCCCAUAUCAUAAGGCUGCAAAUUACGACAACUAUGGACACAACUUUUAGAUGGAAACCCUACCACGAAUGUAACUUAAUCAUCAAACGCGAAUGUAUGUUUGUAUGUUGAAGAAAUUGUAACAUUGACACUUUCCCAUCACAACCUGUGAUGCAGAAGACUCGGUUUUUGAUGAUGGCUCCUUCUCCCGUGUCUCGGAGCGACUGGGUGCGAUAGUGACAGCCGGACUGUAAGGCUCCAAGCGUGAUCGUGUACUCUCCCAUUAUA